UAAAGACCACGCCUCUGCCGUUCUGCAGCUCGGUGUGCAGUGAGACGGGAUCCAGUUAGACGGCAUCCAGACACACUCUCACUUCAACGGACGAUAGGAGACGCCACAAGGAGAGCGAAACAAGGCCGACUCCGUGUUCACAUCGCAUGCAGCAACUCUGAAGACGCCCCUCGCACCUGUUCCGUUCCGUCUCGCAGGGGUCGGGUCUCUCUCGACCGGGGCUCACUUCUCAUUGUCUGCCUGCACCGCGGCGUUGUUUUGAUCAUGACUUCGUCGUACGAUUUGGAUUUCCAUCUGGCCGAAAGCCGGCUGAUGAGUUCGGGCGAAACGAUCAACGGCAAUGGGAGCAAAUUGAACGGCUCCGUGGAGCACCUUGACCAGCCGGACCCCGACUCCAUCAAGAUGUUCGUGGGGCAGAUCCCGCGCUCCUGGUCCGAGACGGAGCUCAAGGAGCUGUUCGAACCCUUCGGCGCCGUGCACCAGAUCAACAUCCUCCGCGACCGCACCCAGAACCCCCCGCAGAGCAAAGGCUGCUGUUUUGUUACCUUCUACCAGAGGAAAGCGGCACUGGAGGCUCAGAAUGCACUGAACAACAUAAAGACUUUAAGUGGGAUGCAUCAUCCGAUCCAGAUGAAGCCCGCCGACAGCGAGAAAACAAACGCGGUGGAGGAUAGGAAGCUCUUCAUCGGCAUGGUUUCCAAGAAGUACGGGGAGAACGAGGUCCGCAUGAUGUUCUCGUCCUUCGGGCAGAUCGAAGAGUGUCGGAUCCUCAGGGGUCCGGACGGUCUGAGCAGAGGCUGUGCGUUUGUCACAUUUGCUACCAGGUCAAUGGCACAGAAUGCAAUCAAAACCAUGCAUCACUCUCAGACCAUGGAGGGCUGCACCUCUCCCAUGGUGGUGAAGUUCGCCGACACUCAGCGGGAUAAGGAGCAGCGGCGUCUGCAGCAGCAGCUGGCGCAGCAGAUCCAGCAGCUCAACAGCGCCUCCACCUGGGGGAACCUAGCCGGCCUGGGCGGGCUCACGCCACAGUACCUGGCUUUGCUCCAGCAGGCCACGUCUGCCGGGACCGCCCAGAACAGCUUCAGCGGCCUCCAGCGACUAGGAGCAGCCGGUGGGUUGGCCGGGACCGGAGCGGGCGCGGCCAUGAACACCCUGGCCUCCCUGGGCACCCUGCAGGGCCUGACCGGCACCUCCAUGGGCCUCAACAGCCUGAACGCCCUCACCAACAGUGUCACUGGUAUGGGUGCCAUGAACAGAGGUCUUAAUGCAGGUAUGGGCGCCCUGAACGGGGGGCUGGCGGCCUCCAUGGCCAACGGCUCGGCCUCCAUGGACGCGCUGACGCAGGCGUACUCGGGCAUGCAGCAGUACACGGCCUCCGCCCUGCCCUCGCUCUACAGCCAGAGCCUGCUGCAGCAGAGCGCGGCCGGCAGCCAGAAGGAAGGUGUGUGUGGACCGGAGGGGGCCAACCUGUUCAUCUACCACCUGCCCCAGGAGUUCGGGGACCAGGACAUCCUGCAGAUGUUCAUGCCUUUCGGGAACGUGGUCUCUGCCAAAGUCUUCAUCGACAAACAGACCAACCUGAGCAAGUGCUUCGGCUUCGUCAGCUACGACAACCCUGUGUCCGCGCAGGCUGCCAUCCAGGCCAUGAACGGCUUCCAGAUCGGCAUGAAGAGGCUGAAGGUUCAACUGAAGCGCUCCAAGAACGACAGCAAGCCCUACUGAUCCCCCCCCCUCCCCCUUUACCAACCCCCCCGCCCCUGCUUCCCCGUUAGCACUGCUAGGAACAACUCUCCAUGCCUGUUUGCCCAUCAUUAGCCUAGCAUGCCUCCAUGGUGUUGAACAGCCAAACCCUGGCCUCAUCAUCCCACCAUUGUCUGUGGUGUCUCUCUCUUAAAGCCCGCCGACCAGUACCUGGCCACCCACUGACCCCCUGACCCUAUAGCUCAGUCUGAUUUCUGCAUGUAUAUUGCAUUUCUUUUUGUUUUUUCUUAAAAAUGUGACGGGUGGUAGGGUGAUGAAGAAAAUCAAUGUGAAAACGUACCUACUCUCAAUUCAUUUAAGAGAUUUCUUUUUUGUAAAUGUUUAAAAGCCUGUGGGAUUUCGUUAUUUUUUUCUUUUUCUUUUUUGUUUUAAGAAAUUAGCUUGGUUUUGAUGUUGCUUUCAGUUUACCUCUCAGUAAAGUUAACUUGAAAGUUGAAUACAGGGACUGGCACGAAGCUGUGCCAUUUGGUGCCAUUAGCAAUAUGUUGGCUUCUAAAACGAAUGACCACUUUCCAACCCUUUGGAAGGUCAGACAGGGGCCCUCAGUGCUCUUUGAUGGUUUCUAAAUUUUGCGGGCAGUGUAAAGAUUUCCACUAAGGCUGUUAAGAUAAAAUGUAAUUUUUAUUUUAUUUUGCUUUACAUUUAUUAAAAGAAAAUCCAGUGCAUUUGCUUUCUCCUCUUUCAGAGCUAUCGAUGGCACAAUAAAAAGGUUCAUUUGCUCUGGCGGGAGAAAUGGCGACCUACACAUGAGUCAACUUUUUUAGAACUGAUUCACAAAUAGACAAUCUGUGGUUUAAAUGCACACUUAGAUUACCUAUAUUUUAUACCAUUGAAUCUAGAGAAGUUUAACUAACAGGAACCCAGACCAACGCGGGUUUCUGUCAUCCGUGACCGCGUUCUUCAGUUCAUGAAGUUUUUAAAGAGGACGAAAUUAGUUUGCUCGAAUCCAAACAGCCUUCUGAGUGUCGUUUCUUAGUAGAGCAACGCUCGAGUUUGGGUGACAAAAGAAUCCUCUGCAUUCAUUUUCUAUUUCGCCCUCUUAGGGGGGGGGAAAUAACUUAUACUUGGUAUGGAAGGGUCCCAACUCAAACAUGUCGUUUUUUUUUCCCCAUUCAUUAAAAAAAGGUCACAUUUUGUGUAAAAUUUCUGUGGUACGUCUUGACAAGUUUCGGUGAAUAUCCUUGUUCAUUUCAUUUUUAAUUGAUGUUACCUUUUUUGAUUUAGUGUGGAUGUUUCACAUUUAAAGAUGAUUUAAUAUGUAAUAACAGAUGCCAGACAUAUUUUACAAGUGCCCAUGUAUCAUUGUUUAUUCUUUCUUCGUAAUUUCUCGUGAUGGUACCCAAAUUUAACUCUCACCGUAACACGACACGUUCACACACACAUUGCUGGAUAGACGCAGUACGCUUUAUAACGCACCACCACCCAUGGGAGCCCCUGAACCACGCCUCAGACACGAGGCCCCCCCCGCGGCCCUCUGCACAUUUUUAUAUAAACACGCCCGACGUUGUCCGUUCUAAAGUGGCACGCUCUUUACGUUAAUUCAGUUUGGUUUUCCCGGCAGCAGCAGCACCCAGAGUCAAAGAAUCGCACCACGGUCACCGGAACACUUUGGUUCACGAAUGCAUUCCAUUUUAACACAAGGUUUACAAAGUAAAAGUCUUUAUUAGGGUAGACGUGUCGGGCUGACCCUGGUAAUUACAGCUGCACCACAAUCGCCCACGAAGGGUUUCCAAAUACCGCGAGCACCCCGGCCGCCGCGGCACUAGGAGAAAACAAUUGUCGACUCAGGGUUUUUCUGUGUGUACCGAUGUCACACCGAUGGGAUUAAAAUACUAAAUGCACAAUUGUAAUCAUCUGACACGUUCUUCUGUUCUAUCGUUUUUUCUUUUCUUAGUUAUUUAAAAAUGAUCCAAGAUGGUACCAACAUUUUUAAUGUUUUUUCGUUCGGAGCAUCGCCAGAGUUAAGCACAAACAUGGGAGAAUCUUCCAUUUCACUGUCGUAUGGGCGGUGUGUCCCAGUUAAAAAAAAUACAACGGUACCACGGAUUUCACUUUUGAAUAUGGGUUUGUGCUUUUUGCAGCGUGGUUUUCUAUCCAAAUGCAAUACAAUACUCAAAGUGCCAUAUGUGUCUAAAAACUGCCUACACAUUCUAUUAGGCCUUGGUUGGAGAGUUCGCAGUUUGACUUCUGAAGUCUGUUUAUGCCAGUGUUAUGAAGACUUGGUCCCAAGCUUGUGUUUUUGAGUUAUUGAUAAAUGUGUAUUGUGAUGUACUACCCUUUUUUUUUUGAAUGAUUUUUGGUCAAAACGUAUGUACAUUCACAAUAAACUACCCUAAACGUCUAACUGUCAAACCUUGUUGUGGGUGUAAAGAAAAGACAAAAAAACAUUGUGCUGUUAACACUUCACCAAGCGGCCACUGAACCAAAGCCGCCCUCGUUGAGACGUAAAGAGGGUUUGGUUGGGUGGUCUGUGCUGGUGAAGUGCUGCCAGUACUGAUAGAUGAACACAGUGUAUUUACCACAUCGUAAAGGUCAAAGGUCGAGACUCUUCAGGGGCUUCCAUUGCAAACUGUCAUCUCUGGACCCUUCCACCCACGUUGUGUUCCUGUCUUCAUUCAAAGUGCUUUUCUUUCUAUAGUAGUACAGUAGGUUUGCAUCUAUCGAUAUUGUCUGGUCCAAGGAAGUAAAAAAACAAAACAAAAAAAACUAGCUUGCCCUGUUUAAUUUCUUUUGUUCUGAUAUAGUCGUUAGGAUUCUCAUGGUUCACCAACAAGUUUCAUAGGUGUUGUCUUGAUAAAAGCCAAAAAGUGGGUGCAUCUUGAUGUGAUCUGUACACAUAAACUUUGUUUUAUCAACUUUUUUUCAAAUGGCUCGAUUAAAGAAAAAAGAAAAAAACAAACACAAAAAAGAAAAAAACACGACAAAAUGACAAAUAGGAUUUCCAAUUUCUAAUACUGGUUGUUCAUAUGUAUUUUGUACCAGUGAAGCUUUUUAUAUUGGAAAUUAAAGGAAAAAAAAC